CUCCCUCACUCCUGCCCUUCACCUCCUUCUUGCUGCCCAUCAUCUGCUCCUAUACACCUGACUACUACAACCUCUCCUACACCUGACUACGUCUACUACUGCCCUUCACCUCCCUUUAGUUUGCCCACAUCCAUCUCUCACCCAAAACUUAUCCCUUCUUCACUCCUCCUGCCCCACAUGCUGCCCUUUACUUUCCUCCCAGCUGUUCUCCAGACUCAUUACUCUGUUCCCUGACGUGCCUCCGAGCUUUUCCCCCAUCUCUCUUCUGCCCUUUAUCUAACUCUUGCUGACCCUCCCUCCUUUCCUGCCUCCCCCCUCCGAUUUUUUUUCUCCUGCCUUCUCCUAUCCUUUAUCCCCUUAUAACUGCUGCUCGAGCCCUACACUACAGCAUUACUGUCAUCGUGGGUUGGUCUGCGGCUGCCUCCCAGGAGCGACAUGUGCGAGAGAAGUACUAUUGUACUUCUAACAGUACAAUAGAGAAGUACUAUUGUAGACCCCGCACCAACCCGACCACGUCAACACCACCUCCACCAACAUGCUGCGGAACCCACACAGUGGCAGGAGCCUCAGCUCGGACACGACCUCGGGCCUGCCCAGUGAACUGCUCAGCUCAGGCGUCAAUGUGGGCGCUUCCACCUCCAGGAGUUCCAGCUCGGGUUUGGGCGUGGGCAGCAGCAGCUGGUGCGAGGCGCGUCUGGCUCAGGUGGUGCAGAGAGUGCCCGAAGAGGCUAUGUCAGGAGCGCAGUGGGCAUCACGCAGUGACAGCUCGUCCCAUGAUAAGAGCGGAUCUUUGAGGGCCCACUGGAGGUCAACCUUCAGCGAGAGUUCCACCUCAGCCAGCACACCGCAGCUUCCCGAGGGUCACCCUUCUCAUCUCACCACUUCGUCUUCCACUCUACUCGGAGCUUCAUGCUUGGCGCCGUCUGCACGAACAAGCCUCACCAGCACACCUCACACUCCGGCUCCGAGACGAGGUGCUAUGGUGAGCGGUGAUCACUGUCCCCAGCGCACCCCGGCUCGGUUCCUUACGGAUACCACUCAGCUGCCAUCCACAGCUGUGAGUGGAGGGCAGCGCUCUUCCGACUUGUCAAGCGUGAAGAGGAAGAGGACGACAAGCAGCACCUCCAGCCACGGAGACCCUUGUACCACCAGCACCACCCUCUGCCGUCCCCAAGACUCCUCACUCUCUACUCCCGACGGGACCCAGGAUGACCUUGGCUCACGGGGACACUCUGAGGACGACAUCUCUCAGGUCCGUAACAACAAAGGUUGGCGACCACCAGCCCACUUCGGAGCUGUUGUGGUAAGAAGCGUAUUAAUGCCGGGUGUGUGGCUACAGGUUGUGAUGAGCGUGUCGUGGUCACAGGGCAAGCUUGGGGCAGCCUUCUACGACGUCACGUCUGCCCAGGUGUACGUGGUGGAGGACAAGGCGGAGGCCGCCCCUGACUUCUGGGUACUCACCACCCUCUUCCGCGAGCAGCGACCCAGGUGGGUGCUGGUGGGCGGGAGACAAGACGACCGCCUGUUUACCGUCUUGCGCCAGCUGUGUGGCAUCCCACCCACUCCGCUCUGUACGGAGUCCACGCCCACCCACGCCCAGGAAGGGGAUGGCUCCGGCAGGGGGGGCAGCAGCAGCAGCAGCAGGGUGGGGAGUGGGGGAGCCGCUCCGCCCCCAGCGUCGCCCACAGCCUCCUCCACCACUGGCUCCUGCACCAUCAGGGUCCUCCCCAUGGCUGACUUCAAGUACCAGCUGUGUGUGCGGCGGGUGCUCUCCCUCGUGCUGCCUGGAGAACCUGACGGGCUCACCGAGGCUCAGAGGGAGCUCUUCGUCAGGGGCAAGGUCAACACCGAUCUCGUCUCCAUGACCCGGGCUCUAGGAGCCCUCCUCAGGUUCCUUGACAAGCACGGCGUGGAGGUGCUGGCCUCGGCGGUGUUGAUGGACGUCCCCCCCAUCCUCGGCCUCCACCUCUAUGUCAUGGAGGACCUGGCCCAGCUGGACGACGCUACGGCCACCGCACUCCAGCUCUUCUCCGAGGACCAGCACCCGGCCUCCUUCAAGAGUGGCAAGUCCUCCGCCAGCAAGGAGGGCCUCAGUGUCUAUGCUCUCCUCAGCAGGACCUCCUGCCCCAUGGCCGCCCACACCCUCAGGCGGGUGUUGCUGCGUCCUGUUGUGGAGCGGGAGGUGCUGGAGGCGCGCUACGCGGCCGUGGGUUGGGGCGUCGACCCGGCCAAUCUGGACACCCUCAGGCAACUGCAGGCUUGCCUUAAACACAUCACUAACGUCCCGGUAACUGCCUCUCCCGGCUCACUAUACCACCAUCUCCCACGCUGCCUCUUCCCCCACACUAACACAUGUAGACGAAACUACGUGGCAGUUGACGCCACAGGAAGUCGACGCUCCGAGCGACAAUGGUCUCUCUUCAACUCCAUCCUGGUGGGCGAACAGUGUCAGGCUCAGGACCAGGACAUCCCUAUUUUUAAGCUGACGGGAGAGAGCGUGACGGAGGGACUGUACCGGGCCACCUUCCUCAUCCAGAGGAUCAUGGACAUUGAGCAGUCUGAGCGGGAAGCCAGAUUCGUCGUCAAGCCCGGCGUCGACACCGACCUCGACCACAAAAAGCGUCGCUUCAGCGGGCUGGGAGAGGUGAUGCGGCGGGUGGCGGAGGUGGAGCUGGCACACCUGCCUCAGGAGGUAGAGUCCUGUUGCAUCAUCUACCUGCCCCACGUGGGCUACCUCCUCGCCUUCCCGCCCUCCCCAGACCUCGACCGGACUCUGAGCGCACAGGACUACAGUCUGCCCGGCCUCGAGUUUAUGUUCAAGACGGCAGACAUGGUCCUUUAUAAGAGCCAGACUUGCUUGGAGCUGGACCGGGAGCUGGGAGACAUGCAGGUGGAGAUCGCCAACCACGAGACGCGGAUCAUGAUGCGGCUGGUGGAGACCCUCCUGCAGCAGGCGCACAACUUCCUGGCUCUCCUCCACCACAUCCUCAUGCUCGACUGCUCUCAAAGUUCGAAACCAACUUCUAUUCUUGCAAGAGCAAAAAUAGAAGUUGGCUUCAUUCUCGGCUCACAAUCGGGAGAUCCCGGCUUUGAUUCCCGCUUGCUGGCGUUUUCUGUGGUGUCGCGGGAGGGCGGGUGGGUCCGGCCGGAGCUGACGCAGGAACCCGUGUUGGAGAUCGAGGAGGCCCGCCACCCACUCUACGAGCUGUGUACCCCAACCUUCGUCGCAAACCCCGUCAGGAGCGGCCGUCCUCACCAGUGCAUCACACUCGUCACCGGACCAAACGCCAGUGGUAAAACCGUCUAUCUCAAGCAGGUAGGAGUGGUAGCGGUGCUGGCUCAGGUGGGGUGCUGGGUACCUGCUGGUCGGGCGCGCCUCAGGCCCCUGGACGCCAUCAUCGCUGUCACCCAGACCACGCCCCCAGUAACCUCCGCCCUCUCCACCUUCAUGCUCGACCUUACCAGGAUGUGCGCAGCGCUGGCCAGGGCCACCCAGUACUCCCUCGUUAUUAUUGACGAAUUCGGCGCUGCCACUUACGAGAACGACGGCGCCGCCCUCCUAACAGCCUGCCUUGACUACUGGAGUGAACGAGCCACCCGAGAACGCACUCCCGCCAGACCCAGGAGCGGGAAGAGAGGGCGCGGGAAGGAGGACAGUACGGGAGAAGACCGUGAUGACAGCGGCACCAACUGGACAGGUGCGGCCAGGGAAGAGGGAGGUGGAGCGGCAGUCAGUGCCCCGCCACACGUGUUUGUGUCAACACAUCUGUUGCAGGUGUAUGAUCACCUGCUCAACCCUGAUGCUGUACGGUGUUUGGCUCUGGAGGCGGUGGAGGAAGGCGGGACGGUGGUGCCCCUCUACCAGGUCACGGAGGGCCGCGCCCACACCAGCUACGCUGCAGCAGUCGCCGCACUCUCAGGAGUCCCGGACCACCUCAUCCACAGGGCCAACCAGGUGUUUGAAUGUAUCCGCGGUGGGCGUCUACCUCCAAGGUGGACCUUACUGGAGGACGAGAACGAGAGAAUGAGAUGCGAGGCCAUAGUAUCUCUCCUCCUCUCUCAUGAUCUUUCAAGGGAUCCCCUUCAUCUCCUGCUAGAGAAGAUAAGGGGGUAUAGUCACACACCUGAGUCGCCUAGCCGCUCCGGCCACCUCACACCCAAUGAUACCAAUAACUCAGCUGGGUUCCGAGCGCUCUCCAACACACCACGACGAAGCAGCCCCAGCAGAAGAGGUAAAAGUGACGGCGAUGUAGGUGGCGCCAGGUCCUCACGAGUCUCGGAAAGGAUGCUGGCAAGAGACGUGAACCCCUCGCUGAGCUGUGUUGAGACUGUCUUAUUGUCAGGAGCCUCUACUCCCGUGUCCGCAACACAGGAUUCUCCCCAAGUCUCUCACCACGCUUCACCCAAUGUCAUUCCUCAGUCAAUGCCUCAAACCACUCCUCAGAUCAGAGCCCAAGUCAACCCACAUACAGGGACCCAAGUCAACCCACAUAUCACUGUAUCCAGAGUAGCCAGAGUCACUACUCCAGACACCAGGGACCAAACCAUCUACUACUCCAGUGCCGAGGCCACUAUAGAUACAAGAGCCCAAGACACCCAACUCACCAGGGUCCAACCUUUGCAAGAAACAAGAUCAGAACUCAUCCAACAAGCCCAAGCCACCCCAGAUAUUAGAGCCCAAGCCACCCCAGAUAUUAGAGCCCAAGCCACCCCAGAUAUUAGAGCCCAAGCCACCCCAGAUAUUAGAGCCCAAGCCACCCCAGAUAUUAGAGCCCAAGCCACCCCAGAUAUUAGAGCCCAAGCCACCCCAGAUAUUAGAGCCCAAGCCACCCCAGAUAUUACACACCAAACAACCCCAGACAUCGGAGUCCAAACUAUCCAACGAACCAGUGACAAAGCCACUACGGAAAUCACGCAUCAAGCUACUUCAGACACCAGGGACCAGAUCAGCCCAGGCUCCGUAGCCCAAGUCACCCAACAGACCAGGACCCAGGCCACCUCAGGCAAUAAAGCCCAAACCACCGAACAAUAUGUCUUCGCAACACCACAACUCUUAACCCAAUUCAAGCUUUCGAAGCUGUCCCAACCUGUCGACGAAGUCACGCGCCACGCCCGCCUGAGUGAGGAGGAACCGCAGCAUUAUAAGGAGUCAGGAAGAUCUGUUGUUAUCCAACAAGGAGCUGAGAUGAAUAUUGGCAUCGGAGAGAGCCGGACUCUCUCAGUCUCUCCCGGGCACACCAGAGCUUCCACAGAACCUAAAUCGUCCUUCAACACCCCAUCCUCAGGCUGCCCUCAGGGCUCUUCUCACAAGUACACGCCACAACUCCAGGCUCAAGCUAUCACUUCCCAAACCCCUAAAAUUGGACCAAACACUCGGGAUGGCGAGUCUAACAACUCAAAUCUUAACCCAUCUCUGUCGAAGUCUGAAUCUCGCAUUGGCUCCGAGCUUGGAAUUUGUACGCCUAUUGCCGAGCUCUGCACGUUGAAAAUAGAGCAUUUCACUCCGUUAAUUGAGAUCAGUACUCCCAGUACUGCAGUUGAGCCAAAGAAAAUCGAAUCAGAGACCCCAGCCACUGUUCCGCGUGACUCCACAACUGAACCUUCCAUCAUGAAAAUUGAACCUAUUACUCCAAUGACUGUGAACCGUAUUCCGAGGAUUCCAGGGAACCCGGCCUCUCCAUCUACCCCGCAGAUUUUAUAUACCACUGGAGGUCCCUACACCAUAAAGACUCCAGGCACUCCUAGUAACAUUCCAAGACUGUCAGACUGGAGGAGAACAUGUAGUCAAGGAGAGACGAAGCGCUAUAUUACCCCCGAGUCUACACUCGCCAGCAUUUCUCAGGGGACUGGGGACUCGUUCUUACCGGACUUCCAGGAGCAGGAAUCCUCCAACGUGUCUUCGUGCAGUCAAGACAGCCUGCCACUUACGAGGCAGUACUCGCUUAAACCUUCCAAUCUCGCCCAGCUCAGCCAGGGAAGCGCUCACGUCUUCAUAUAUGACCCACAACCAUCACCAUCUGAGUGACAUUGGGGAAUAACUGUAGUUUUUGUUUACGCUCGCUCGCUCACACUCACUCCCUCACUCAGUCACUCACUCACUCCUCUGACUAUAUACAUUACCGUCCACAUGGUGGAACACAUUAUCGCCGGAACAGUUGCCCGUACACUAAAUGAGUCAAUGACAAGGAGACUGUCAUAGGCAGUCAUUAGUUCUUUUAUUUUAGCGUACGCGCGCGCGCACUAUUUCACGAAAAGUGUCUAUACUUUCCUGUGUCAUUUUAUAACGAAGUCUUCAUUGGUGGAUACACCCUAAUCUUUGUGUUGUGUGGGGAUGUGAAACGUUGGCUCAUUUGUUUUGAUUGCCGGACCUGUUUACCGGGUUAACUAUUAUCUUACCUUAUGAGAGGAAAACAAUAAACUUAUUUGAAAUGUUUGGCAAAGAAUAUGUUGAAAUAGUGUGUUGUGUCUUCUGGAAUUCGAAACAUGUCAUUUAAUUUGAAAAAUAUAUAUAUAUAUCUGUGAAAAAAAUUAGUGUAUAAUUUUUACUGCUAUGUUUGCUUUUGUUACAUCCUCAUCUGUUUGCGUAUAAUAUGUUAUAUAUUAGUAUAGUUUGGUAGCAGUCUUUCUUGUAGAUACAUGUUGAAUA